AUUGGUCUCUAUAAUAUCUUAUUAUGUCCCAAACACACUCAGAUGGCACCAGCACCCCUACAACUAUACACAGAGCAAGGAACAACCAUCACACUGGGAGAUGCUGAAGGAAGAUUUAUUGCAAGCAUAGAAGGAGAUACAGAUUAAAAUAAGAGCAGUUCAGAGCAGGGAUGGAAUACCCCCUUUCUGACACUCCCUAAAACAGCCCCAUCAAGCUCUACCGUGAACAGCAGGCAACUCCUCCACUGCUGGAUUUAGGGUGAUCUGGGCAGUUCCCCCCAUAAAGGUUGCAGAGCUAAAGGGGUGCAGAAUUGAGAAGAUCCAUAAUUGAGCAGCAUUUCCUAACACUGCAAAAGGCCACUCUAGGUUUGGGGAAUGACACCAGAGAGCUUUGUCUCAAGAUGCAAUUAUCUCUUGCAUAUUUUGUAAUUACACUUUUCUGUCGACACCCUCCCAAGCCUGGCCACGCCUCCUAAAAGUGCACCAUAAAUAGCUGGGGUGAGGCCCACAAGGCCACCCAGGCACCAGGAUUGAAACCAUGUGUGACCAGCAGAAGCAGGAACCCUCCGACUGUGCUGAUGCGGAGAAGAAGGUCUUUGCCCAGACAGCCGUCUUCAGGUCCAGAAUCUGGGAUGUCAACCAGAAGUCCCUCUACCUCCAGAACAAUGAGCUGGUAGCUGGACACCUACAAGGCCCCGAUUCUGCCCUGGAAGAGAAGAUCUACUGGAUUCACAACCGGGCCUUUGACCACGAGAAGUUCUCCAUCAUCUUGAGCAUUCAGGACGGGAAGAGGUGUUUGGCCUCCUCCUCCGGCGCCUGGCCUGCGCUGCAGCUUGAGAGCGUCAACAUCACAGACCUGCCCAAAGGCGGCAGGAAGGAGUCCAGCCGUUUCACGUUCUUCUCCUCUAACAAAGAUGGGGCUUGGCGGUUUGAGUCGGCUGCCCAUCCCGGAUGGUUCCUGUGCACCUCUUCCAGAGCCAACGAACCUCUUGGCCUCACGCAGCUCCCGGGACCUUCUCAUGUGGUGGACUUUUAUUUCCAGCCCUGCUGAGCCCUUGAGGGGCACCCCCUGCCUGCCUGCCCCCAGACUUGCC